ACAAAACACUAGUCAGUCAACACUUGAAUUUAAAUAUCUUAAGGACAUUCCUUUUAUAAACAUCCGGUUGUCUGAAAAAGGCCCUAGUAUAAGAUGUUUAAGAAUCAGUUUAAGUCCUUCAGAUACUGGAUAUUACCAAAUAUUAGCGACCGUUCUGUUUAAGUUUGAACAAUAGAAGAAAAAUUAAAGGAAUGACCACUUGUAAAAAGCACGAGACAGAGGAGGUCCGAUUCUUCUGUGAGGAAUGUAAAGAACUUAUAUGUGAUGAUUGUGUAGUAGGAGACCAUUCCAUUUGCAUCAAAACCAAAAUAAGUGAAUAUGGUCAAAGACAGAAACGAGCCUUACAGGAAACCACUGAAACCGCCUCAGAAAUCGAAGUACCAAAAAUCAACAGAAUAUUAGAACAAGUAAAAAAUGCUAAACAAUCUUUCAAUAGUUCAGUAGACAAAGAAAUAGCAUCUGUUUGCUCAAAGACAGAAAACAUUAUAAAGAUAUUCAAUGAAAUCAAAGUAGAAUUGAUUAAAAGCUUCGAAGACGCAUGUAAAACUGCAAAUGAUACAUUUGAUAAGAUUACACAGGAACAUACUCAAAGAAAAGAUAACAUACAAGAAACUGUCGACGAAAUUGAACAGAAGGGUUCUAAUUUAUCGACAACUGAUAUUGCCAUUUACGAUUCAAAACUGAAUGAACUUCUGAACGAUAACCAGUUUGUGGAAACCAGUCUAAAAAUUGAAAUUCCAAAGCACUGUUUUCACAAAGAGUAUGAAAUAAAGGAAAAUCUUCGACAUAUAUUAGGGAUCUUAGAUUAUGGAGAAUAUGAUUUACCUUCUCCUAUCGAAACACUUUCCAAUACUGAUGUAUACAAACUACCAUCGAAAAGAGAAAACGACAAAGAAGAUUUAACUAUAGAAAACUCAUCAAGAAAAAAUAUAGAAAUACAACGAUCAGAUUCAUUCCAAACAACAUCGUCCAAUGUUGCUGAUGGAAAAGUGAUAUAUAGUGAGGAGAAAGGAAGCGACUUUUACGGUUUAAUACCGAAACGUAAAAAGUUCGAAGUAAUUAUUUCAUUCAAACACAAACAAAAGGUAUUCCACAUUAUUCCAAAGAAGGAAUGCCGAAAUGCAUGGUUAAUAGGCUCCGGUAUAAGUGAUCUUAAUUUAAAUACUGAGUCACCAACGUGCGCAUUACGAAUAUCAUCCUUAGAUGGAAAUGUGUUAACGGCAUGUAGAAGCAAUGCACAUGGAUUAUUGAUAGGGAUGGAAAAUAAAAAGACACUUAGAAAUUUACAAGUGUCUUCUUCAAUAUUUAGCAAAGCUAAAAAUUACAAACUAAUUUCCUACAUUUACGUCGAUUCCAAUAAUUUAGCUAAAGUAAGCACAGCUUCAAGAAUGGACGAUCCAAACAAUGUAGCUGCAAUAUGCACAUCUUCAAUAAAGGGUUCUGACAUAGUUAUAUGCCUUAGAGAUGACCCAAUGUCAGAAAGCAAAUUCUUCAGUCCUACGUGUGAGAAAUUUGUGAUUGAGUGGUAUUCCACAGAGAAGCAAAAGACAAAAGAUAUUGUAAUUUCGUCAGAUGAUAUCGAAAUAAGAAAUCCUAUUCACAUUUGCGAAAAUCGGAUCGAUGGCGACAUAUGCAUAACGUGUUCACCGAAAAACUUGUCAUCAUGGAUUUUACUUUUAGACAAGAAUGGAAAGUAUAAAAUGAGAUACCCCUCAAAAAAUCAAACGGCAAAUAAGGAGACCGAGACGAACUCUUUUAUUGUGUCUGGAUUUCUAAAUGAUGGGACAAUAACAAUAUUAGAUCGAACAAAACGCUGUCAGCACCUUAUAGAUAGAGGAGGAAAAAAUUUACAAAUAGACCUAUAUCAUGAUCAGCCAAUCUGUUUGGCUGUUGAUAUGUAUGAUAAUUUGUGGGUCGGGUUUGACAACGAACAUAUUCGAGUGAUAAAUUACAAUGAUAGAUAUGAAACUUAUAUCGAACACAAGACCUAAUGUAACAUGUUUAACACUUCUUUUGAAAAUACUAUUUUCGAUUCUUUGUUUUAUUCUAUUUAUCUCUUACAACGGAAAUGAACUGUAAAAGCUAUGACAUUUAUAUUUGCAAUUCGAAAUAAAUUAGAAUGCUAGAAAAUAAUCAAAGAAUCAAAUAAUACAGCAUUUGUUUGGUAGAUAUAUAUUUCGCCGUUUCAUAUGAAAUAGAAAUGUAUUGUUGGUA